AUGGAGAAUUCCACCGUAAUGCCCGUUCCCGUAGCCUACAACGACAUGAGCGCCGAGGCGUCGCUGCGGGACCACGUCGGCUGGGUGUGGUACCAAAAGAACGAGUUCAUCCCAGACCGUGACAAGGAUUUGCGCAUCUUCCUGACCUUCGAAUCGGCGCAGUACUACGCUGUAGUGUACUUCAACAGCGAACUGAUCGGCGAGCACGAGGGUGGGCAUCUACCAUUUUCAUUUGAAGUUACUGACCAUGUAAAGUUCGGCGCCGACAACAAAAUUACGGUAGCCGUCAACAAUACCUUGUCGUACUCCACGAUUCCGGAAGCCGAAUUCCAAUACAAAGCAAGGAAGGAGAUGGCUUUUGGGGGGAAUCAGUCAAUGACCCAAUACGCGCCCGGGUUCUUCGAGAUGACGGUGCAGUUCGACUUCUUCAACUACGCUGGACUGCUCAGGACGGUGUAUCUGGAGAAGAAGCCCAAGAUUCAUAUCGAUGACAUUCGGGUGGUGUCGGAUCAUGUUGGAGCCAUUUUCUGGAAAAUCGUGCUCGACGGCUGCAGCAGUGGAUGCGCUGCGAAAGUUCGGGUUUUUGAUGCUGACGGAAAUGAGGUUAUGAAAGCCGCUGGACUGACCGGUAGUGGCCAGGUUAAGAACCCGAAGAUGUGGUGGCCGAGAGGAAUGGGUGAUGCGAAUUUGUAUACAUUCCGGGUGAAAAUCUCGUCUCCAGAUGGACAAAUCGUUGAUCAAUACGACGAGGAAUUCGGGUUCCGCUCCGUUACUUAUGACAAUCACCAGAUGUACAUCAACAACAAGCCGUUCUACUGUAUUGGGUUUGGAAUGCACGAGGAUUCCGAGAUCCACGGUCGCGGCUACGACGAAGCGGUGAUGACAAAGGAUUUGAAUCUUUUCGAAUGGGUUGGAGCCAACUGCUACCGUACCUCGCACUACCCGUACGCACAGGAAAGGAUCAGGGAAUCGGAUCGUCGCGGAAUCGCUGUGAUUUUGGAGACGCCGGCUGUCGGGUUGAAAGUCUUCACUGACCAGAAUCUGAAACUGCACAAGCAGAUCGUGACCGAGAUGAUCAUGAGGGACAAGAAUCAUCCAUCUGUGAUCAUGUGGAGUUUGUCCAACGAGCCCCACACCGAGAGGAAGGAGUCGCGGAAUUACUUCAAAACACUUGUCGAUCUGGCUCACGACUUGGACCAAACGCGCCCGGUCACGAUUGUUUACGGACCUUCACACUGGGAAGAUGAUCAAACGGCCGAUCUUAUCGACGUGGUGUGCCUGAAUCGCUACUGGGGCUGGUAUGACGAUAUGGGGUAUCUGGAGACGGUUAAUCAAUCGGUCGUUUUCGACUACACGAUGUGGUACGAGAAGUUCAAGAAGGCCAUGAUUAUGACGGAAUAUGGAGCUGAUAGUAUCGUGGGGCUGAAUCAGCAACCAGCCGUCGACUUCUCCGAACAAUACCAAAAUGAGCUGAUCCGCGAAACGCACAAGGCGCUUGAUCAUCUACGGCAGGCUAAGAUUCUGACCGGGGAGAUGAUUUGGAACUUUGCCGAUUUUAUGACGGCACCAGCCGCGCUACGCGCUGUCGGGAACCACAAAGGAAUCUUUACGCGAACUCGUCAAGCCAAACAAGCGGCUUAUACUUUGAGGGAUCGCUACCUGAAGCUCCUGCCACAAGUC